UCUCACAGCCAAUAGCAUAAAGUAAAACUGACCAAUCAGUGUACAAAAACAAGUUUUAUAAAUAUCGAUUGACAAAGACUCUUCACCUUCUUUAAUAACUGCUUCCGCAGUAGUUUUAACAGCAUCUUUUACUUCUCUAUCAACAACAGUCCUCCUCAGAACUAAUCUCAACCAGACGAACAGACUAAGCGAUCAAAAGCAGUCAAGCAGGAACAGUUAGAGUAGCCAACAGUCUCCCUUUCUGAUAACAAAUUCUCUGUUGCUUUUGGAGAAUGCUGAACACCACUGAUGAACAGAGAAAUUUCUCAUCUAAAGUCAGUCAUCCGGUGUCACUUGUAGCGACGUAUGCGGCGUUUGCAUCCUUAAACAUUUUCCUCUCCUUCACCGCUUCACUGGGCAAUAUUCUAAUCCUUAUUGCUCUUCACAAAGUGACUUCGAUUCAUCCUCCAACAAAACUUUUGUUUCGAUGUUUGGCGGUCACUGAUCUUUGUGUUGGACUGAUCAUUCAACCGCUGUUUACAGUGGUGCUUCUUGAAGGAACAGUAAACUCCAGCAACAAACUAUUUUUUUGGGGGGUAGUUUAUCUAUUUCAGGAGUACUCCUCUCUAAUACUUUGUGGAGUCUCGCUCUUGACAUCAACCGCAAUUAGUGUGGACAGACUUCUCGCGCUGUUGUUGGGUCUGAGAUACAGACACGUUGUUACGUUAAGGCGGGUGCGAGCGCUAAUUAUCUCCUUUUGGGUUCUCACUGUUGCUUUCGCUUGGUGCAUCUUCUUUCAGUUGUUUAAUAUUUCCCUUCUCGCAUAUACCGUUUUGACGUUUAUUUCACUUAUUGUCUCGGCCAUUUCUUACGCCAAAAUUUAUUUCCGUCUCCGCCACCAACUGCUUCAUGUACAGGGCCUUGUUCACGAGCAACAACAACAACAACAGCCUCCCAGCGGCGUUGUAUCGAUUCCAUUAAAUGUAGCACGAUACAAGAAAACAGUUUCCGCCAUAGCAUGGAUACAGCUUGGAUUAUUUGCUUGCUACCCUCCUGUUUGUGUUUUUUUGAUCUCACUGUAUUUGGGAGACUCUUUCGGAGGUCGUUUUUUAACCUUUUGCCUUUCUUUACUGUACUUAAACUCAUCUUUGAACCCCAUUCUAUACUGCUGGAAAAUCAGGGAAGUGAAACAAGCAGUAAAGGACACAGUUAGACAGUUAAACUGUCCUUGUGAGCCAAAUUGAACAUUUGUGUCGUACAAAACAAUGUAAAAUAAAAACAAUGUAAACUCAAGCAUCGCCACUGAUUCAAUGUGUUGAUUUAAUAUGGCCCUUCUCUAUGGAGGCUUCUUGAAGGAACAAUAAACUACAGCAUCGAACCUUUUCAUCGGGAAGUUAUCUGUUUCAAGAGUACUCCUCCCUAAUACUUUGUGGAAUCUCGCUCCUGACAUCAACCGCAUUAAGUGUGGACAGAAUUCUAGCGCCGGAUUGCUGGGUCUGAGGUACAGAAAGGUUGCCAUGGCGACAUUAAGGCGGGUGCGAGCGCUAACUCCCUCCUUUUGGGGUCUAGCUGGUGCUUUAGUUGGGUGUUUUGGUGAUUUUUCUUCUUUUGGAUAUAUAGUUUUGAUGUUUAUUUCUCUUAUCAUCUCAACCAUCUUUUACGCCAAGAUCUAUUUCCGUCUC